CCUUCCUUCAGCUUAUCGUUGCCAUCUAAAAUCUAGAAUGGAAGCAUCAAGAUCCCCUUCACCACAGUUUGCUCCACCAAAGCUGACUGAUAAGCCACCUGUAGCUGCUCAGGAUGAAAAUUCCACAAGAAUUGAAAGAGUGAUGGAUAACAAUACAACAGUAAAAAUGGUUCCAAUCAAGAUUGUACAUUCUGAGAGCCAUUCAGAGAAGGCAAGCAGGCAGAAUCUUGGCACUAGAAUAGAGCCUCCUACUUUACGAAGCGGCUUUAAAAAAGACCAAAUCAAGACACUUAGCACUCCUGAACAGUCCUAUUCACGUUUUUGUGCCUAUACAAGACAAGGUGUGGAAACUGACCUUGAGAACAAAUCAAGCCUGUCUUCUUUGCAAUCUGUUGAAAGCUUUGGGAGGAACAUAAAGGAAAAUGACAUAUUCACCCAAGCAGUUAUUUGUGUGAGAGCCAAAGAAAGGACAAUUGAGGACUGGAAAUCAGAAGAAUUAGCUAGAGAAAUAGUGGAUAAGGAUAAAUCAUUAGCAGAAAUUUUGGACCCAAAUGUGAAAAUAAAAACCACAAUGGAUUUAAUGGAGGGAAUCUUUCCCAAAGAUGAAUAUUUCUUAGAAGAAGAUCAACAUCACAGAAAAUUUCUUUUAAAGGUUUCAGUACCCAAAACUGAAGAGGAAAAGAAAGAGGGGUUGCCUCUGUCUUUGGCCAUUCCCUUAACAACUAAUUCCACUUACUAUAGCACCUCUGCACCCAAGGCAGAACUUCUGAUUAAGAUGAAGGAUAUGCAGCAGCAACAGCAAAGUGAGGAAGAUUCUGAAAAUGAGUUAGACCACAAUUUGUCUGAGAAGAAGGUAAGCUUAUCAUGAGAUUUUGUUUUCAGUGUUACUUAUUAUUGGAAGCCAUGGUCUUGAGCUGUCUAGCGGUUCUGUCUCAGUGCCUGUUCAGCUGAUCACACCAAAAAUUAAGAGGAAGCAACAGUGCCUAGUAUCCAAUAUCCACAAAGUAAAAG